AUGGCGAAGAAAUUAGUGAAAGUUUUGUGGGCAGGGCGAAUGUGUUAUCAAUCAGGAGUUCAUCUGCAGAAUCAACUAUCAAAGCAUCAUCAUGACCCUGACCUUCCCCUCGAUUACCCGAGGCACUCAUUGAUCCUGAUAGAACACAAUCCGGUCUAUACCGUGGGCAUUCGCAACAAGGGAUAUACUGACGAGGAGAUAUUGAAAUUAAAAGCAACGGGAGCUGAAUUUUAUAAGACAAAUCGUGGGGGAUUGAUUACAUUUCACGGGCCAGGUCAACUAGUCGUCUAUCCGAUUAUUAAUCUGAGGGACUUCGUGCCCAGUAUGAGAUGGUACGUCUGCCAGAUCGAGAGAAUGAUCAUAAGACUUUGCGCUGAAUUUGGAAUUAAAGGGGAGACAUCACCGGAUACUGGGGUUUGGGUUCGUGAUAAGAAAAUCUGUGCUAUUGGUAUUCAUGGGAGUCGAUAUGUCACAACCCAUGGACUGGGGUUUAAUUGCAAUACUGAUUUGAAGUGGUUCGACAAUAUUGUGCCUUGUGGUAUCGAGGGGAAAGGGGUCACGAGUGUAUCUAGGGAACUCUGUGCUCACGUUGGGAUUGAUGACGUUAUUCCGGUUAUGAAAAAUGCGUUUAAAGAGGAGUUUCAGUGUGAAAUUAUGGAUCUUGAUCGGGGGGAUGUAUCGGUAUAUCUGAGAAGUGCUGUACAGCACGUAAAAAGGUCUGAUGUUGAUGGUUUUGUGUAAUGAGAGGAUUUUAGGUUGAGGAAAUGUUAUUUUGGAAAUACUUCUAAGACUAAUGGAUUUAGGAGUAACUGAUUUUUAAAUGCGUUCAUCAUUUUUUAUUUUCGAUGGAAAGGAAUUGUGAAGAUGAUUUUUUACUUUAUGCAUGAUGUGAAAAUGAUAAAUGAGUUAUGGUUUUCAAUGACUAAAUAAAUAAGAGGUUACUAUU